UUAAACACUUACCUGUGGCCCGCGUCGCGUCAGUUCAACUCGAACCCUGCUCCAUCCACCCUCGUACUGUGCCCCGCUACUUCCGGCGUAACCGUGCGCUUUAGUACACUGCUACAUCGUAACACUACCCCGCCACAUCGUGAUCAACAUCCCUAUCGCAAUGCCUGCCCAACUAUUGCGCUCGAUCCCCUCGACCCUCUCGACUCCCCCGUCCCCCUCUAAAAGCACGCUUGCCUCUCCUGAGGCCACCAAGCGCGAUGCUUUCCUGGCAAAGUAUAGAUCGUCCCCCGUAUACCGAGUUUUCUUCAACCCCGACCUCUGCGAUAUCGUUCUUCGGUUCCUAUACGAUCCCGACCGGCCAGAGACCCGAGUCUCCGUCGCGCGCCUUGCCCGCACACACCCAAAGCUACACCACAUGGCGAGCCGCAUCCUGUGGGGAAACAUGGACUCGUUCGUCCCUUUACUCAAACUCAUACCGGGGUUCACUUGGAGGAAGUGUCGUGACGAGCGCGGAGACACCCGUUGGGACGUCGAAGAGGCCGAUGCCACUGACUCUAAAUCGUCCCAAACGGUCGUCGACACCGUCCGAUUCGAACACCACUCCCGCUACGUCAAGAAUUUUACCUGGAUCGACAGGGACCUAACGCCACGGACGCUGUCCUUCUUCGUGGACGCACUAUCGUCGCUCAACAAACCGUGGCUCCCUACUGUGCGAGUCUUCGAAGACCUCUCGCUUAACACCAUACCACCAUUCGCGCUUUUCGCUUCACCCAGCCUACAGGACCUCUGGGUGACCGCGUCGCUUGUCAAAGAAGAAGCCUUGACGGCGAUGUUUGACGAGCUGCCGUUACGCUGUCGCAACCUUCGGCAUCUGCACGUACGGGCGCCGCCGAGGUGGACCAACGAGCGGGGGCUCGGCGAGUCCGAGGCGUUUUAUCCCGUCUUCACAGACUUCCUCCGCAACGGCAUCGAUGGGAAGGCGCUGAUGGGCCUGCGCACCCUGCGCAUGUCCGUGCCCAUCGUCUGGGAGGACGUCGUCUCUCUCGCGCGGUUGCCCCGUCUCGAGCUGGCUGACGUGUCCGUGUAUAUGGACCCGGAGUCGACGGCCGACUUCGAGCGACUGCCACCGGGCUCGUUCCCCAGCCUCACCAGCUUCCGGCUCCACCUGACCGAAUUUGGCGCUGCGGGCGAACAUCUGUUUGAUAGUAUCGAGUCCACCUGCCUGGCCGACCUAUCAGUGUCGAUCUCGGAUGUAGCCCCCGAUGCCACGAAGAUGCGCAGAUUCUACGAGGGUCUGACUAAGAGCCCGUUCUCCAACGCGCUCACGAAAUUCUCGUUCGUUAUAUCGAGAAUUUCUGAAUUGGAGCCCAGUAAUCUCGGCUCACGAACCAUGACGUCCUCGAUGUCUACCUUGCGGCCACUUCUACAGCUCCGCAAUCUACGCUACCUUACCCUCGGUCUUCCCCGAGUCACCCUCUCGUGCAACGACAUCAGCGCUCUCGCCUCCGCCUGGCCGCGUCUCAAGACGAUUAACAUUCACCAAAUGUGGGACGGCGUGACACCUGUCUGUGUCGAGUCCCUCUCAGCGUUCUCCACGAAGUGCCCGAAAUUGGAGCGCAUAGGCUUUGAUGUGUGGGCUGGCGACAACAAGUGCCCGAACGAGACGUGUGGGCACCCUGUCCCGACGACGUCUGUGACGCACCAGGGUUGCCGGGUUCUGUGUGCCGAUGAGCGCACCUACUAUUACACGGUGGCGUAUCUCACAUUGCUCUACCCGAAGACGAGCACACGGGAGCUGGAAGACGAGAUCAUGCAGUACGUUGGGCGAGCCAACGCUAUCGCUGCAGGAGAAGGCGCUGCAGGUGAAAUCGUUGCCGGGGAAGCAGCUGCUGGUGAAGUGGCCGCUGGUGAAGUCGCUGCAGGGGCAGUCGCCGCCAACGAACUUGCAGUCGCUGCCGGCGAUGCACAAUGAACAUCAUUCUGUAUUUCAGUAGUUUUUUGGUACUUCCCGUCGACUCACUGUAGCACUAGACGCGCCAUUUGCUGGAUCCCAGAUGGUACAUACUGGUACUGCCAGUGAGACGCAGAGUCUGAGAGACUUGCGCGCGAGGACUCGGAGGAGCUCGGAUGGAUCUCGGCACAACUGGCCCCGGCGCUAGCCUGUCUGCUCCGCGAUCCGAGAUCCAAUCGACCUUUCAUUGAAGUCGACGUCCACUGACGACUUCUCCUAGCCUCUCCUGCUGCGUCCCCACCUGGCUACCACGGCGAUAGUUCCUACCCUCAAUUCACGCGAACUUAUAUAUACUACAUGCUCAGUUUGUCUCUAGUCUUCUCUUGGAGUAUGGUAUCACGCAAGCCCAGCUGACGCGUACACCGUCUUCCCCGUCGUCUUUUCG